AUGCUGAAAGCGUCCGCUCUGUCAUGGCAGCUUGAUGUUAGAUCCCUAUAUUUUACACAGAAUUAUGGAAAAGCCGUCUUGGGCAUGCCUCAGAUGCCCUUGAAUAUGAUCAAGGAGCACAUGGCCAAAGUUAAAGACGGAAGGCUACCAUCUAUUGUGUCUAGCGACUUAAAAGGCGAGAGGGCUGAAUUGAUGCACAACGCCAUAUUAGAAAGACUGGAGGAUGGAUCAAGAUUCCCGAGAGGUGGUGUUUUUGUGAUGCACGGGAGAGAUGACACGAUUGUGCCCAUUGAAGGAAGCUAA